AUGCCGGUCGGGGGGCAGGGGGCACAGGGGGACACGGAGGGGGUCCUGCGCGCGGAGGGGACCCCAGGAUCUCGACGACCCCUGACCCCCUCGAGACCCCCAAACCCCUGGAGCCCCGAGGUCCCCAGGGCCGUGCCGGUGUCCCCAGCCGUGCCAGUGUCCCCCGUGCUGCGGGGGUGCCGUGUCCCCCUGUCCCCCCCCCACGUGUCCCCCCUGCAGGCCUGGGUGGGGUCUCUGCGUCACCCCCAGGACGCCUUUCGGGGCCUCACCGACCUCCACCCCGACGUCUUCGGGGUCCACCCCAGGUUGGACAUCCUGCCAUAGCCGUAUGCCUGGCAGAGGAACUACAAGAGGAUUAGCUACGCCCGGGUGAAGACGCGCGAGGUUCGGGGGUGGGGCCGCAAGCCCUGGCGCCAGAAGGGCACGGGCAGGGCCCGGCACGGCAGCAUCCGCUCGCCCCUCUGGAGGGGGGGGGGCAUUGCCCACGGGCCCAGGGGCCCCACCAGCUACUUCUACAUGCUGCCCAUGAAGGUGCGGGUGCUGGGGCUGAAGGUGGCACUCACCGUCAAGCUCAUGCAGGACGACCUGCACGUGGUGGAGGAUCUGGAGCUGCCCACUGGGGACCCCCAGUACCUGCAGGAGCUGGCCCAGUACCGGCACUGGGGACACUCCGUGCUCAUCGUGGACGUGAAGGAAUUCCCGGAAAACAUCCGCUCUGCAGCCCAGGAGCUCAAAACCAUCACCCUCAUCCCCGCCCUGGGGCUGAACGUUCACAGCCUGCUGAAGCACCAGACCCUGCUGCUCACCCUGGACACGGUGACCUUCCUGGAGCAGCGCCUGCUGUGGCACAACUGCCGCUUCUCCCCCCUCUACUCCUUCUCCAAACCCUACAGGGACUUCCCUGAGCCCCCCCUGGGGGGCUGAGACCCCCCCUGAGUCAAUUAAACCACCCCAAAAUGGGA